UUCAAGGCCACCUCUCUGUCUCCGAGAUUACACGCAUGAUCGAUCCUCCAGCUGUCGACUUUUCGCAGACAUAUUCUCGGGCUUCAGCCCUUGGGCCGACCUGCUUCAUUCUGGAGUGGAUGGCCACUGACACCACAUCCCUCUUCCGCAGCCGCUCCUGACUCCCUUUCGUAUGAUGGCACAACCCUCGACACCACAUCCUCAUAUUUUCCAACCAACUCCCCUGCCCGCAACUUCUGUCUUUUUCAACAACCUGUCCUCUGGCUCUAGAACGGCAUCAGGCUCGAACACCCCAACUGGCUCCACUUACCUGAUGCCGACCAGCCCCGCCAAGAACGCCCUGUCAUCUAAGGAUGGCCUCAAACCAAAAAUUGUCAAGACGACCGGUCAGAAGCCGGCUUGCUUGGUUAAUGCAUCCGUGACAUACUGCGGCAACGAGCAGAUCUACGCGUUUGGAGGCUUCGACCAGUUUACGGACGAAGUCUACAAUCACGUGCUGAAGCUGAAUCUGAAGACGCUAAAUUGGGCGCUAGUGGACAACUAUGGAGACAUUCCGGGAGUUCGUAUGGGACACUCAGCCUCGCUCUACGAGGGUGACAAACUCCUUGUCUAUGGUGGAGAGAAUGAACACCGGGAAUACCUAUCCGAUGUUGUCAUUCUGAACCUCAAGGAUCAUCACUGGACUCAGCCAGAAGUCCAGGGACCUGUGCCGAAAGGUCGUGCCAGGCAUGCCGCCGUUGUCUAUGAGGACAAAUUGUUCGUCAUUGGCGGUCUGACGGGCGAAGCUAACUACAUCCUCGACGACAUUUGCUAUUUGGAUCUCAAAACAUGGACAUGGUCAAAGACAUGGAGUUUCGUCCAAAGAUUCGACCACAGUGCCUGGAUAUGGGGUGGUCGGCUAUGGGUUCUGGGUGGUUUGGGCGCCGAUAUGGAACGUCCAUCUGAGAUAUGGUGGCUGGAUCUAAAAGGAUGCCCUGCUUUGUCUGGUUCCGCAAGGCAAUACCCUACAAUGGGCCGGAUACCAAGCAGUCGAUCGGACCCUUUCUUGCACCCCACCAGAGCCGAUCGCGUUGACACCUACGCGGCUAACUCAGGUAGUGUCCAUAUUCGGUCAUCCCGCAGAGAAAAACCGACAGCCCCAGGGGCGAUAUCGUCGCUGAAAUUCGUCUCGGGUCCUCACGUACCGCUGCAGUCUUCAGGCACACAUUUCCAUGUCUGCUCUUCAGGCACCUUACUUGACUUUGUAACACCAUCGUCAACCAUCCGCCACAGCGACUGCAACCUAUCAUCCCUCGAGCUGGACUCUCUAAGAUGGCAACGCCUGGUUGAAGGGCCUGACCUCUUCCAACCUGGCUACAAGUGGCAUUACUGCACCAUCAACGAGGACGGCACCAAGGUCUGGCUGCUCGGGUCUGCUGCUGAAGAUGCUUCUGCCACAGGGCAAGACUUGCAGCUGAGCGAAGUCCUAGCUGUCGACCUCAAGAGGUACGGCCUUCUCGGCACCCAGGACUCGACACUCUCAUCUGAGCAGAACCGCAUUCUCGCCUCCGAACGACAAACCGUCCAUUCCAGCUCCCUCAGCGGUGGCACCGGUCUUGGUUCUGACCUUGCGGCGAUCUUCGACCAACCUCCCGAGAACAGUAUGAGUGAUUUCAUCAUCACCGCCAACACAGAACCGACCGACGACGACGACGUAUCUGAGACCGGCUCUCAGGCCAGAUUCUCAAUCAACUCGACUAGCAGUCACAUGCUUGUGUCCGAAGGGAGCAAUGUCUCCCAACCGAUACACGUACAUAAGAUGAUUCUCCAAGCCCGCUGGCCACACUUCAAGCGCCUCUACGCGUCAAAAAUGAUCGAAUACCAGACGUCUCGCCUGCACAUCCCGGAGCCGUACUCCGUCGUCCGCGCAUUCCUCUAUUACUUGUACACGGACAGCAUUGCGCCUCAUCCUAUCUUCUGCCGUGAUCUAACGGAUGUUGCCGGCAUGUUGGUCAUGGCAAACCUGUACGACAUGCCGAAGCUUCGUCUCCUAUGCGUCAACCGACUCUCCCGCGAGAUCGACAUCGAGCACGCCGCAGUGAUCUGGGAGCGCGCUGGCCGGACUGAAGAGGAGUGGUUGAAAGCAAGAGCUGCACGAUUCUGCCUAAUGAAUUGGGGCCGCAUCGUGCGGACCGAAGGGUUCAGAAGUCUCAGUCGACAGAGUCUUAUGGAGCUGUGUGAAGUUGUGGACACCGAGGGCAGAGUCGUUGGUGGCGAAGAGCUCGACGAUGCCGGCAUAGAUGGGUUCGGUGUUGGUGGUGGGUACAGGUAUCGACGUCGAAGUCAUCGGCCCAGCGAGACCGCCGAAGAGACCGAGGGUGAUGAUGAGGACGGCAUGGAUAUGAAUUGAGAAUCCGGCAAAAGAUGGAAUCAGAGCAAAUUGGGGUUUCGGGGCGACCAGAUCGUCUUGUGCUGUGCUGUGCUGUGCUGUGCUGUGUUGUACUUGGCUUGGCUUGGCUUGGAGUUCGGUGUCCAGCAGGGAGAAAAAUGGAACAUCAUGGCUCUGUCAAGGACUUGUAAUAUGGAAAGGACUGGGCAUGCAUUCGAAUGAGAUCGGCAUAAGCUAUGGAGUUUACGGUGCUGCUGCUUUUCCACAAGAGAGGUAAGCAUCAAUGGUUUAAGCUGGGCGCUGGUCCGUCUGGAUUGUAUGGACUUUUGUAGAACUGUAGAGUAACGAACGGCACAAAUGAGCUCGAAAUUGCACUUCAAAAGUUC